AGGGGCUCCAGUGAACUACAUGUCUUUGGAUCAUUCUCAGGAGACUUGAGUGAAGAAGGCGAAAAACUUUAUCGUAUGCAUCAAAUGGACAAGAAGCAUGCUAGGAUGAGAAGAAGAAUGAUCAUUUUAGAGAAGCAUUUAAACAAUACAACUGUUCAUGAAGGUGAAUUUGUUAUUGUUUAUUCAGGCACAAAUGAUGCUUUUAAUGAAACCACAGGAAUUAGAUGCAACAAGAGGGUGCAAACUUUGAAUGAGUCAAGAACACCCUUGAGUGAUAUUUCAAAUGUGAACCUGACAGAUGGAUCAACUUCUGAAAAUCAACUAUAUAUGGAUGGCAAGGGUGCAAAUUGCUUUCAAAUGAACCAAAGACAAGCUUUGAGAAAUCUUCUUUCAUCAAAUGACAGCUUAUUGAACCAAUGCGAUCCCCCAGUGAAAAUUGGAAAGUGUGUUAUUCAAAAUAGAAGAACUCUGCAAUAUGUUGCUUGGAGUGCAAAUAAUUUCAGCCCAAGAACUAAAGUUGGCAUAGCGGACAAUGAAGUUGCUUAGUCAGUACAAAGUUAUAUUGACUAUUCUUUUCAUGGAUCUCAAUUUAUUGAAGGCUUGGAUUAUCUUGAUAGAAUAGUAGAUGGACAAAC